CCCAGAGGGCAUGCUACCUUUUAGGGUCGACCCACCCAACCCAGUUGAGAUUGUCUCACCCGCACAUUACCACAACACAGACCCGCGCAGCUCAGAACACCGGCAGAUAGGACAUGUUCUAGUUGGAUCAGGCAAGAGGUCUAUGAUGGCCCCUCUGAACAACGUGACGCCGACACAUGGGAGGACCGCUAAGCUCUACAAAUACCCUCUCGACUGGGCUCUAAUAAAGUUACGCGAGAAUGUUCAAUUGAACAACACGAUCGAGGACCUGCCGGACGAUUUCAGGACCGGAUUGAGGGAGGGGCAGUGCGUAGACAAAUGGUCUCACCUGGACUUCCAUGGAAUGAACGAGUUGACAGUAGCAAAGAAGGGCGCUAGAACGGGAUGGACGAUGGGAAGAUUGAGGGACGAAUACUUCGCUAUUAAUCCUCAAAGCGAAGUCGCCGAGACAAUGGCUAAGAGCUUCGGUUACACAACUGAGGACUACGGUAUCGCUUACUCGGUGUACUCCCCGGAUGGACCUAUCGAGGAAGGAGAUUCGGGAAGCAUCCUACUUGAUGCAAAGACGGGCAUAUGGGUGGCACUGGUAUAUGGCAACUUUAACAGAGCCCAGAUGGGACUGGUAACGCCUAUUCAUUUGACUAUUGAAGAUAUCCAGCUGAAGACGGGAUAUGUGGUUGUUAGUCCUGCGUGCGAGGAGAUAGACUGGAGUGGCGGUCGACGUGAAGUGCAGCUGGAGUGUUCGUCGAACGGAGAUGCUAUCUUUUGACGGUCCAAUGGUGUGAAUUUUGGAUGAAGUCAGAAGAGAUAUUCAAUGGCUGUAUUUGCAGAUGGAGGAGGAGCUGGGGAUCAUGUCUUUGUUGCCAAUGUAUGAUGAGGGACAGAGUUUCCCGUGAAAUCAUCGGGCAUGUCGUACAUCUAUAUCUGUUCAUCUUCCAUAAAUGAUCAAAGAGUACUGUAGAGUUGAUGAGCCUUCCGUGCAUGUAAUUCGCAAG